AUGCCUUUCACGACGGUCAAUGGGCACACUCUGCACUACACAGACCUGCCGCCCACAGAUGAUGCGUCCGCCAAGCUCGCCAUCAUCUUUGUACACGGUCUCGGGUCCUCACAGAACUACUACUACCCUGUUCUUCCCGCGUUGACGGGCAAAGGCUUUCGCUGCGUGGUUUUCGACAAUUACCUCGCGGGCCGGAGCUUCAAGGAGGACGAGUGGAAGAAGGAUCCAGACACGAGCGUGGCCGGCAUUGGGAAGGAUAUCGUUGCCCUGCUGGAUCAGUUGGAGAUUCAGAAGGCUGUGGUGGUGGGGUAUAGCAUGGGCGGAAUGCUCCCUACCCACCUUGCAGCCACCAACCCGGAGAGAGUGGUGGCUGGCAUCUGCAUUGGGCCGGUGCAUCCCUCUGAGCAAGUGGCAGAGGUAUUCAAGCAGCGGGUUCCCGUGGUUCAAGAUGGUGGUAUUGAGACCAUGGCAAACACGAUCCCCUACCGCGCCACCGGCUCGCUCGCCACGCCACUGCACAAGGCCUUCGUCCGGGAGAUGCUUCUCGCGCAGGACCCACGGGGAUACAUUGCCAACUGCAAGGCGAUUGAGAAGGCGACGCCACCGGAGUACGCCAAAGUGAAGUGCCCGAUUCUCAUUGUGGCGGGUGAGGAGGACAAGUCUGCGCCGCUGGAGGGAUGUAAGCUUAUUCUCGGCGAGCUGGCGACGGGAAAGAAGCAGCUGGAGGUGCUGAAGGGGGUUGGUCAUUGGCAUUGUGUUGAAGCGAGUGAGCAAGUGGCGGAGCUGGUGGGAGACUUCUGCACCGGCUUGGUGUAG